AGCCCUUCCGACGCCCCGUCCCCUGGGGAGCAGUUACUGCUCAGCGCUUCCUGAGCAGCUGGAUGAUGUCCUGCUCCCGUUAGCCCUCGUCUGCCGAGGCAGUGAUUCGAUAAUGAGAUCCUGAUUGGAUUAGGGAGCCGUUUGCUUCUUGGAUGAAGAUGUUUAUGGAAGGCCUGAUGGCCACACUGCCUGCUUUUCUCAAAGGUCGAAGAAACAGCCUCUCAGGAAAGCCAGCACCACAAGCAGGUGGUCCGGGAGCUGCACGAAGCGCACGCUUGCCUUUGUUAACCGGGAAACUGUUGUUUGCUCGCCGAAGCCCCAGCUGUGUCCUUUUGCCUCCCAUGUGGAGCGGUUGGAAUUGGAAGUGGGCAGGCCGGGAAGGUGCCUGUAAGCUGCAGGUUCUGUAAAUUAGCUGAGCUCUCACCCGCACGCCUGCCCUGGCCCGUUGAAGACAGGACUUUGGCCUUAGCGGGGUGGUCCCGAGUGCACCUGCUGUGGUUCUGGCUCCCAGACCGAGUGGCUGGGGCUGCUCCCCUUGGGAGUUUGUUAGAAAUGGAACUGUUGGCCUCUAGCCCACCCUCAGUGAUUGGAACAGCAAGAAGGGGCUGGAAGUACCGUCUGCGCCCGCUCGCUCAUCCCAGGCGGCCACACGGAGGGCGGGGUCGCCAGUGCCCCGCCCGGCUGAGCUCGCCUGCGCAGCUCUGCGAGCUGGGAACCUCUCUGGGGUGUAAUUGGCCGCCGGACCACACCUAGUCCUUGAGUGCUGCGCUGCUGCCUGACCGUGCUGCUGCUCUCACCGGAGGAAGGCGAGCCACACGGGGCAGGACUCGGAAACUUGGCCAAGGCGAUGCCGGGCUCGUCCGCCAUCCACGCGCUGCAGCUGCUGCGGGAGCUGCUGGCCUUCGUGCUCCUCAGCUACACGGUGCUCAUCGGGGCGCUGCUGCUGGCCGGCUGGACCACCUACUUCUUGGUGCUGAAGUGACAGCGCCGCCG